CAGACUUCAAUUCGCCGAGCAGCGCACUUCUUGCCGGAUGUCGUCGGCUCGUUCGGAUGGUGCGGACACGGAGCACAGUCUCCCCCUCGAGCCGAAGGAAUCGGUCUGUUGAGAAACCCUUUCUCGAGCAUUUCGUGCUCUCUUUGUGAAGAAGCGCCCCUUUGGAAUUGAUGAAGAAAUCCAGAGCUCGGGUUUUUUUAAACAGGUAGAAUAGCAAGUCGCCUGUGCUGUAGAUCCAGAAGGAAGACUGGAACGCCUGAAUUAAUGAAUUUCAACAUCUGAGCGGUGUCUGAUAUCUGGUAUAUUGAAGAAUCUAGGUCAAUCGACGUAUUUGCAGCCAACAAGCUGAGAACACGGUCAGACUUUAUGGCUCCUUCCGGAUCGCGCCGUUCUUUUUCAUGUCCGAAUGUGGAGGUGGAGGAGGCCUUCGAAUAUGUGCAGAAUGUCAAAGAUACUUUGAAAUUGAUGAAUGACGGAAGGACCUUUUCAAAAGUUCCUGAAGAUCAUGGACGGCUUCAAGAAAGGACAGUUGGAUAUCACCGAUGUUAUAGUACGGUUCAAGUGUAUCUUCAGUCACUAUCCUCAUUUGAUUCUUGGGUUCAGAAGAUUCCUUCAGGAAAGUACUCAAUUUCUGAUCAGUGUGACAGCAGCACCUGCAGCCUGACUUAGGAGCACAUAUGGUUAAGAAUUGGAAAUGUUUCUUGACAUGUGAUAGGCUGUUCAUUCUUGUCCCUACUUGCGCCACAAUUUGUAUUUUAACUAUAUCCUUGAUUAAACUGAAUCUUGUGAUACCUGAUUACUAUUUUCUAUCUAUAUAAAUAACGGUGAAAAUAACGAAAAAAUAUUUUCCUUAUCUUCAUGUUCCUUUGAAAUACGCGAAAUAGAAACAGGAUGCAUGCCGUGUACAAUACCUC